GGAGGAAAAGCCGGUUCCGCCCGCACACCCAAUUCAAACCAAUCAGAGUGCGAGUAAUCAACAACGCCGGCAUCUUGAAGCUUUUCAGACAUCGUUUCUAACCCGUUCAACGACCGCCAGCAGCUCUCCUCGGCUCUUCUACCUUCCCACCCCCUCCAAUUGCUGUUGAGCCUUUCGGCUUUAUAUCUAUCUUUCUCCCUUUGUCUCUUCUACACAUGCGAUAAUGCUGUCGCGAUCCACCAUCAGCCGAAACGCGCCCCGUGCGCUUCAACAGCAGUGCUCUGCUGCCGGUGCCACCAGCCGUCGAGGCAUGGCAUCUGCCGCUACUCCUGGCCUCCAGUACGAUGUCUCCGAGUCUGCUGGUGUGAAGGUUGCCAAUAGAGAGGUUGCCGGCCCUACCGGCACCCUGGCCCUCGUUUCCAAGGCUGGUACUCGCUACCAGCCCUUCCCUGGCUUCUCCGAUGCUCUCGAACAGUUCGCUUUCAAGUCCACACUCAAACGCUCGGCGCUGCGGAUUAAUCGGGAGGUCGAACUGCUGGGCAGUGAGGUUUCCGCUACACACUCGCGUGAGAAUGUUGUCCUCAAGGCUAAGUUCCUCGCCAAUGACCUCCCCUACUUCGCUGAACUUUUGGCGGAGGUUGCUUCUCAGACCAAGUUCUCCGCCCACGAGUUGAGCGAGGUCAUCCUCAAGACCCUCAAGUACAGACAACAAGCUCUUGCCGCCAACCCCGAGGCUGUUGCUAUUGAUGCUGCUCACGCCGUGGCUUUCCACCGCGGUCUGGGUGAGAGCAUCACCCCCUCGGUCACCACUGCUUUCGAGAAGUACCUUUCUGCUGAGGCCGUCGCGGAAUUCGCCCAGCAGGCGUUCGCUAAGUCCAACAUUGCCAUCGUCGGCAGUGGGCCCAACUCUGCGGAGGUUUCCAAGUGGGUAGGCCAGUUUUUCAAGGAGACCCCCAGCGCUGGUAGCUCCUCCAAGUACCAGCUCCAGCAGAGCGCCGCCUCCCAGUACUACGGUGGCGAGCAGCGCAUCUCCUCCAAGGCUGGAAACGCCGUCGUUGUGGCUUUCCCCGGCUCUGGCGCUUUCGGCACCUCUGCCUACAAGCCCGAGGCUUCCGUUCUCGCCGCCCUCCUUGGCGGUGAGUCCACUAUCAAGUGGACCCCUGGUUUCUCUCUUCUCGGCCAGGCCACCCAGGGCUUCUCCCAGGUCCGUGCCUCGACCAAGAACCUCGCCUACUCGGAUGCCGGUCUAUUCACCAUCUCCCUCUCCGGCAAGGCCGAGCAGAUCAGCUCCGCCGGUAAGAGCGCCAUCGAUGUCCUGAAGAAGGCCGCUGCUGGCGAGUUCGCCAGCGAAGACGUCAAGAAGGCCGUUGCUCUGGCUAAGUUCCGUGCUCUUGAGUCCGCCCAGAACCUCGAGACUGGUGUCGAGGCUACUGGCUCCGCUCUCAUCAACGGUAGCAAGCCCUACCAGAUCUCCGAGGUCGCUCAGAGCAUUGACGCCGUCACCGAGGCCCAGGUUAAGGAGGUUGCCAAGUCCUUCCUGUCCGGCAAGGCUUCCGUUACCGCCGUCGGCGACCUCUUCCAGCUUCCCUACGCCCAGGACCUUGGCUUGACCGUUUAAUCAUGUAUACAACAAAUACAUCUUAGACUGGCUCUGCUUUU